AUGUUUACUUCGGCGCUGGAAGUGUUCUCCAAGGUCUACGCCGUGGGCAAGAUUAUCUUAAUCAUAUUCCAGAAUUAUGGGAUCAAGUUUGACGACGAGUCACUCUGGGACUUGCCCUUUCAUCUCCGCAGCACCGAAAAUGUUGUGACCUCUGACCUUCUGAAUGAACUGUCUGAAGUGAUUGAACCCUUGUUUUACUGCGUCUAUGCCCGGAUCGUCCAGGAGGUUGCCAAAGCUGAACUCUGCUCGUUCUUUCCCUGGAAACCCACGCGUACCCCCAACAACCGCACCUUUGUCCUACCCGAGCCAGCUCAUCUGUACAGGGUCUUACUGUCACUCAAGGAAAUACUGGAUUCCGACGACGUGAGCCAUAUCAUUGACAUCCAGCAGCUCGGUGAGUACCAGGAAGCCCUCAUCGGUUUUGGGGAAGCGGAACUGGAAGAGUUCGGCUAUGCCUCCGACGAUCUGCUUGGCUUCCGUUCCUUUAUCCAACUCAAGCUGCACGAUGAGAAAGACGAGUGGGUUGUCAAAUGGAAGGGUCUGGUACCGAUUUAUAAACUGCCCUCCCCAGAGGCUCUAGUGACUGGGUCUGAGCGGUUUCUUUGCCAAACCCCUCGUAAUAUCAACAAGACUGACAUCUCGGACCGCAGUCUUCCAUGGGUAAACCUGAAAACCAUGCCCAAAGCCACCUACGAGAACGAGAACAAGCUGGAUCACCGCCUGGCAACUCUGGCCAAGCUCGAGGGCAAGGUCGUUGGAGCGCUGCGUCGCGAAGAGGGCCGUCGCAAGGUGAUGGAUUUCGCGAGAGAACGCAAGUGUACCUGUACCGCAGUCUGCAAGUGUGCCCGUCACUGUACUAAUGACGUUGAGCUGCCCUGCCCCUGUGCGGAGCGCAGCAUGCGUAUCGCAUUCACCAGGCGCAGCCGCGAACGAGGCCGCCAGGAUUUCACGGAGCGCUGCGACAACAUGUGCAAGCUCAUCUUCGAGGGGUUCGCUUACCUCAGGCGCAACCUGGCUGACAAGGAGCUGGAUCUCCAAGUCGCCCAGGCCCUCACCAUGAUCAAUGUCGAGAUUAUGAAGGAGCGGCGAGUUAUUCUUCCUCUCUAG